AUGGACAGUGAAAAUUGCAUGAAAUGUCCUGAUGAAGAAUGGCCAAAUGAGAAGAACGAUCGGUGUGUUCCAAAAUUGGUGGAAUUUCUCUCCUACACGGAUGAUCCCAUUGUUGGAGUAUUUUCAGCUGUCUCCAUCCUCUGUUGUCUUCUGACUGGUUUAAUAUUGGGGAUAUUUAUACAUUACCAGGACACCCCCAUUGUUAAAGCCAAUAACCGGAACCUGAGCUAUCUUCUCCUGGGCUCCAUCAUGCUGAGCUUCCUCUGUGUCUUCUUGUUUCUCGGCCAUCCAGUAGAUGUGACCUGCAUGCUGCGUGUCACCUCUUUUGGUGUCAUCUUCUCAGUUGCUGUCUCUUCUCUACUUGCCAAAAGUAUCAUGGUGUGUAUUGCUUUUAAAGCCACCAAACCUGGGAGUCCCUGGAGAAAAUGGAUGGGAGCCAAACUGCCCAAUUUUAUCAUUUGUGUCUUCUCACUGGUCCAAGUCAUAAUCUGUGUCACUUGGUUGUCUAUUUCUCCCCCCUUCCAGGAUCGGGACACUCACUCUUAUCAGGGGAAGAUCAUCAUUCAGUGUAAUGAGGGUUCAGUUAUCGGCUUCUACUCUGUCCUGGGAUAUAUGGGGCUUCUGGCAGCUGUGAGUUUCAUUAUAGCUUUUUUAGCCAGGACAUUACCGGACAGUUUUAAUGAGGCCAAGUACAUCACCUUCAGUAUGCUGUUUGUGUAG